CGCAGUGUACGGGACGGAUGCUCUCCCAUUGAGGAGUUGGGGGGUGGCCUCGCUCCUCUGAUGUGCAUGCAGACAUGCACUCGUGCGCCCAUUCCCACUAGAUAACGAGCUCAACCAGAAGAAGCCCAGACGGAGGAGUCUGUGAAGCAGCGCUCAGAGUACGCUGGGUUCCUCGCGGCAGGGCGGGGAGGCCAUGGAUCACAUAGGGAUAAGCUUAUUGGGGUCGCAUCUGCAACAGCAUGCGCACGUAGAGCCCAUCAGCUUUGGAAUUGAUCAGAUCCUCAGCAACGUGGAGCAUAAUUGCAUGCUGGGAGUUAAGAUGCACGAGCCAGACUACGGACACCCGGGGUACAGCGGCUGCGUUAGCGACGGCGGGAACAGCGGAGGAUUCGCCUGCGGCCACACUGGAUACAAUGGCACUAGUAGCUCGUGCGGCGGGACUUAUCACAUGAAUAUGGAUGUCAAUGUGAACGGGACUAACGCAAAUGCCGCUGGGGUUAUCCGUGUACCCGCACACCGGCCUCUGAACGGAGGGAACUCCAUGCCGCCGGUGAGCGGGACCAUCAACAACCUGACUGCACUCACCUUCCCCUGGAUGGAGAGCAACCGACGCUACACUAAAGACAGGUUCCCAGUGUCACUCUCACCCCUCACUGUAACACGUCGUGUAGGUCAUCCCUAUCAGACCCGGACGCCUCCUAAGAAGAAGAAGCCCCGGACAUCUUUCUCACGCCUGCAGAUCUGUGAGCUGGAGAAACGGUUCCAUCGGCAAAAAUACCUGGCGUCUGCUGAGAGAGCUGCUCUUGCCAAAGCUCUGAAGAUGACUGAUGCUCAGGUCAAAACCUGGUUCCAAAACAGACGGACCAAAUGGAGGCGGCAGACUGCGGAGGAGCGGGAGGCCGAGCGGCAGCAGGCCAACCGGAUUCUUAUGCAACUUCAUCAGGAAGCCUUUCAGAAAAACAUCAACCAGCCGUUGACCCCGGACCCACUGUGCCUGCAGAACAGGUCUCUGUUCGCGCUGCAGAACCUGCAGCCCUGGACCGAGAAUACCGCCAAGAUCAGCAGCGUGUCGGCCUGCGAUUAGAGACAACACACAGCCUGCAGCUGGUACCCGCACCGGCACUGACGGUCUGCUAGAGGGCAGAUACACGGGCUGUAGGCUAUAUCCCGCAGGACAUGUUUGAAAGACAGGUCAUCCCCCAAUCCCUCUUCUCGUCCGCUCUCUGCAGUUAACAUCAAGCAUGCUUCACACUUACUUAGAACUGCUCCGAUCAUGGUCUGAUGUGGAUCCCUCCGAGCACGGGACUGAAUGGUAGAUUUAGCCCUGCACAGACCAAACUGUGGACAUUUGUGGAAACAUUGUGGAGGUAUCCUCUGUCAGAGGACCAGCACAGACUGGCACUGUGACUUGUAUUAUAGCGGGACUUGAUAUUUCACUUACAGCAUAUUACUCAUUAUCUGCCAUAUUUAAUGACCUUUUACUCAACUGCAAAAUAUCAGGGCACUUGUAUUCACUUGUAUAACACUCGAAUUUACAUAUUUAUCAUUUAGGUAUAAAUGGGCCUAAAGACAACAUCACAUCACAAUACAAACAUAUUUAAUGGCACUUAGCAGUUACAUUUAAUGCUGAGCGUACUUUUGACCACAGUGUAGUAUUUUACAUUUUCUCUUUCAUAAUUUUAUAUAAAUCUUUCACUGUAUUUUCCUAUAUCCACAGGGCAUAUUCUAUCUUAUUUUACCUUUUCCAUGUGUGCUAUCACAUGUGUGUGUGUAUCAUAUUAUAAUUAAAAUAAAUACAAAAUGCAAUAUAAA